AAGGAGUGCAUGAUUUCCUACCUGGGAGAAGCAAAUCCCCAAGUACCAAGUACAACACCAAGUACCGAUCCCACGGGGAGAAAACCACUGACUCAGAACGUCCAACAGGAAAACGUAAACUCUUUUUUUUUUUUCCCUCUCUUUUCCCCCCACCUGCUUUUCACCUUUACCCCAAACACGCAAUUAACGCAAAUUUCAUCUCUGAUUUACUUUACAGAACACAACGAGCUCCCUGUCAGCCCUGCGUUUUUCCCCCUUCCCGCGAGGCGCCCCUUUACCGCCGGUUUCCCCCUCAGCCCCUCCCCUGGUACGGUCCCCCAGCAGGGGGCCGGAGGAACUCCCCCGAGGCCGCCCUCGUGCCCCGCCAUCUUCCCCUGCGCCCCCUCCCGGCCGCCCGCAGCGCGCAUGCCGGCCGCCGCCGCGCGCCCCGCUGACAGACGUCAGCUCCCGCCAAUGAUCGCCCUCCUCUGGGAGCGGCUCCUCCCUCAGCCAAUGAAACGCUGGAGCUGCCGCAGAGGCCCGGCCCCUCUCGUCUGUAAGGACCUGUGAAGCGCUAAGCCACGCCCCUUCUUCCUCUUCCCGACUCUCCAUUGAAUGAAGUCCUCGCUGACCAACGGGAAGUUCCCACUGGGCUUGACUGACAGCUUCGCUCUCCAUUAGAAGUAGAAAGCUCCGUCGCGCCCACCAAUAGGCUGCCGGAUGCGAGCCUAGGGGGCGGGCUCUCCCUCCCAGGCGGGCGGGGAAGGCCGUGGUUAUCGAUCCCGCUGCUGGAGGGAGGCGGCGGAGAAGCAGCAGAGAAAAUGGCGGCCAUGGCUGCGGAGGCGGCAGCGACUGCAGCGGUGCCGGGCGAUGGGGGGGCGGGCGAAGCCGAGCCCGAGAUGGAGCCCAUCCCGGGCAGCGAGGCCGGCGCGGACCCUCCUCCUGCCGUCACCGAGGCCGUGGAGUCGGCGGUGCCCGACGGGGAGGAGGCCGACGGGGGAAAGGGAGCUCCCGGCGAGGCCGAGGAGCCGCCGCCCGUGCAGCUCGCCCGGAGCCCGGCCGGGACGCGGGAGCCGGAAGGCGAAAGGACGGAGACGCCGCCGCCCUCCGGCCCGGAGGCGGGUUCGCCGCAGGCCGAGCUCCGGGGAGCGACCGGCCCGGCGCCCGAGGAGCGGCCGCAGCCCUGCCCGCCGCCCGCCGCGCAUCCCCCGCUGCCCGAGGAGCGGCCGCAGCCCUGCCCUACGGCUGCCGGGGGCUCCGCGAAGCGGGAGCCCGGGGAGGAGCCGUCCCGGCCGGAGGAGGAGGAGCCGGAUGCUGCCGCCGCGGAGCCCGAGCGCCCGCCGCCCGCCGCCCCGAGCGGGGGGGAGGCGGAGGCGCCGCUGCUGCCCGGCUCCGAGGUGCGGGUCACCCUGGAUCACAUCAUCGAGGACGCCCUGGUGGUCUCGUUCCGGCUGGGGGAGAAGCUGUUCUCCGGGGUCCUCAUGGACCUCUCGAAAAGGUUUGGACCCCACGGAAUCCCUGUGACCAUAUUUCCUAAAAGGGAAUACAAGGAUAAACCUGAAGCCAUGCAGCUCCAAAGUAAACCAUUCCAAGAUGAGGCACAGGUGAAGUGUGAAUCUAAUGCUGCAGUCCCCGAUGACUCUUCUCUCACGCAGCCAUCAGAACCAAGCUUAGCUAAAAGCCUAUGGACUUCUAAACCACCUCCUCUCUUCCAUGAGGGAGCGCCAUAUCCUCCUCCUUUGUUUAUCAGGGACACAUAUAACCAGUCAAUACCUCAGCCUCCGCCCCGGAAAAUAAAGCGGCCCAAGCGUAAAAUGUACAGGGAGGAGCCCACUUCUAUUAUGAAUGCUAUCAAACUACGACCCCGACAGGUCUUAUGUGACAAGUGCAAAAACAGUGUUGUUGCAGAAAAAAAGGAAAUAAAAAAAGGUGGCAAUGCAAGUGACUCUUCCAAAUAUGAGGAUAAUAAAAAACGAAGAAACGAGAGUGUGACUACUGUGAAUAAAAAACUUAAGACUGACCAUAAGGUGGAUGGAAAAAGCCAAAAUGAAAGCCAGAAAAGGAACGCUGUGGUCAAGGUUUCAAAUAUUGCCCACAGCAGAAGCAGAGUAGUUAAAGUUACUGCACAAGCAAAUACUUCAAAAGCGCAGUUAAAUACAAAAAAAGUUCUCCAGAGCAAAAACAUGGAUCAUGCAAAAGCUCGGGAAGUCUUGAAAAUGGCCAAAGAAAAGGCACAAAAGAAGCAGAGUGCAACCUCCUCUUCCAAAAAUGCACAUUCAAAGGUCCACUUCACACGGCGUCUUCAGAACACCAGCUCAGGUUCCCUCCCGCCCCGAUUGCGUUUAAAGCCACAAAGAUAUCGGAACGAAGAAAAUGACUCUUCUCUCAAGACAGGACUUGAGAAAAUACGGAGUGGCAAGAUGGCAACUAAGCCGCAGUCUCGCUGCUCCUCCACCCGCUCAGCAGCUCAGAGACACUAGGCAGCUGCUGUUCUUAUGGAACCUCACUACACUGCCACGAAGAGCACCAGCUCAUCAGGACUGAACGAAAUCUGAGACUGAAUGGUCCUAUUUUUCCUCUGAAAUCUUCACCAAGUAGUAAACAUUUUUUGAAUGGGAAAGGGGGUAAAUAUGUUGAAGCGACCCCUCGCACCCUGCUGGGGUACCUGUACUUAAUGUACAUUUUCUUUAAAGUUUAAAAAGAUGUUAGGAAAUAUUUUAUAAAACUUUUUUGCAAUAAAUGACGCAUGAAAUUAUUACAGACUCUAUGACACUUACGUGCAAGGAACCACUUGAAUUAUUGGUAUGAAGAAUCACUGCAAAUAACUGUUUUUUUUGUAACGUGACAGUCAGUUUGUAUGUUUCGAUAGGUGCCAGUGAUGGAGCCAAUUGCCUGGGAAGUUGACUGUAACUUUUGAACUUUUAUUUUAAUUCUUAACUUUAGCAUUGCAAUUUUCCAUUCUAUGAGGCUUAGUUAGUAUUUAGUGCAGGUGUUAGCAGAGCUGUGACCUGUGAUCAAAAGCAUGUCCGAAACCAGUUGUAUUGUACAAUAUGAACAGUCCUGCUACGUGAGACCAACAUUUCCCAUAGAGGUGAUGGAAGGGGCAGUGACCACAAAUCCGUGUAUCUCUGUAUUAUGGGAAAGCUCCUUCUGUGUGAAUAUGGUUGCAUUUUAUUUAUGCUGUUGUAACACUUAGGGAACUGAGGAUUGUGGAAAGGUUGCGAUGCAGAGAGCAGCGUUUUGCUUAUGAUACUUUAACAAGAUGGGAGUUGUGAAUGUAGAGAGAUUAAAUGGAAUGGCAUUUCUAUUUCAAAUCAUGGGUUAAUUUUUCCUUUUGACGUCAAUAUUUUUCAGAUACGUAACCAGUAGAGCAAAGGUUUUAUUAGUGUUUCUGAUGGUUGUUGACUUCUUUAAAUAGCUGUAAAUCAAAAAAAGAAACCCAGUGGGUUUGAUCCAUUUUAUUCCCUUUCCCCAAAAGGUGUCUGGUGAUUACGACUUACUUCAGUGGAGCUUGUGAAUGCUGGACAUGCUGCUGAAAUAUUGAGUUAUUAAAUAUUAAUUUAUUUGUCACUGAUUAUUUGAUGUUGUGUGCACAUUUUCUCAGCAGUAUCAUUUCUUACAACGUUCUUAGAAGGGGAUCUAUUAUAUAACCUGGGAAAAAAUAGUUGUUCUGAAGAAAUGAAAAUGUGCACAUAAUCUACUCAAAUCAAAUUUCUGUUUAUAUAGAAGUGAAAAGACUUGUAUUAAACUCUUUUCCUCUUUACUAAUAUCCUGAUUUGAUGGGAGAGUAUUAUAGUGUCUUUGUCCAGAUCAUUGAAAAAGAAAGAUACCUUUCUGAGAGGUGUCUCUGUCAGCACGAAGGCAGUUUCACAGCCUUCGUGUAUGGAGCCCGAAUUAAGUAACAUUGAAUCCGAACUCACUCCACCUCCAUUGUUUGGCUUUGGUGUUGGCAAUGGGUUUCAGUUAGUUAAGCAGUUGGGGAGGAGGACAGUGAGGAGCUGGAGCAGCUCCAGCAAAGGCAAUUCAGCAAUGCACACACUGAGGCUGGUCGUGCUGAGUGCUUGCUCAGUUCCUUUUAUUAAGAGGUAAUUUAUUUAUAAAGCUGGAAAUCAAAUACAUACUGCCUACUUCUUAAUGAAUAGCUGCAUCAUGCUAUACAGUAGGUUCAAGUUUUUCAUAAUAAACUGCAAUCCUCCUUUUUAAAUUUCGGAUUAAUGUUUGGCAGCACUCUUCCUAUUCACCAGUCAGGUGCUGUUGGUGGCUGAGAUGUGAUUAGAAUUUAGAAAAAUUAAGGCAUCUGAUGUGAUGAAAGGGAAAGUGAUGUGCUACGGUGUACGUGCUGGCCUUUCACCUCUGGACACCAAGCCCCCGUUGUAUUGGUAAUCAGUGACAGUCUUGGCCUAAUAAAUCACAUUUUUAUCCACACCCACCCACUCUCACCCCAAACCAAACAACCAAACUAAAAAGAAGCCACCAAACAACAUGGCACAAAACAGUUUCUGCUCAGGAAAAAAGGCCCAGGACUGUAAUAGCAGGGUUAUUGCACAUUGGGUUGAAAACCGAUUGAUGUUGUAAGUAGAAGCCGGUAGUGCCUGCCUGUGUGACAUCUGACUCUUAACCUGUGCUCUUAUUUCCUCACCGUGAGCACUUGUGCACAGCAGCUGAAAUAUAUAUAUAUAUUUCAUAUAUAUAUAUAUUAAAAAAAACACUUAAGAGUGAUGCAGGUCUAUGCAUUGGAUAAUAUGGGUAUAUAAGCAAACAGCAUAAAAAUAGACAAGGUAGCUAACUGUACUUGUGUUUGUUUUCACAGAAAGUAUUGCAGCCGUUUUGUUUGAAACCAGAUUUUCAUUUUGAAAUGAAAUUGUCAGGGAUAUUCUAAUGAUAGAGAAUUACAGUAAUGUAUUGCUUUUCACUUUUUUGCUUUAGUUGCUUAAUAUUUAAGCUUUGCUCCGUGCUACCUUCUUGUCUGUAUAUUGAAUGGUCACUAUGCCUCUUUCAUUUUGUAGACUUGAAUGAGGAAAACGAUUCAUCCUUUAAGGUUUGCUGAGAAGUAAAUGAUAAAGAAUGUUGUGUAACAUUUAUUCAAAUAAAGCCUUGAUUUUUUUCAGCGCUCUUUUAAAGGGAAAUAAUGUUGAAUAACGUUUUCAUGUUGUAGCUUCCUUGUUUUAUUAGUCUUUGGUCCCAAAGACUUCUAUUUAUUUAUUUAUUUCUGAAUUAAAGAUUAAACUGAGUUUAUUUGUCCACUGCUGGAAGUGAGUCAUCAGGACAAGUCUCUCUCCAGGCUUAUAUUUCACAACGGUGAAAGAUGUCAAGGUGUGCUCAGCCAGCUUUUCACAAGAGGUGGGGAAAAGCUUUUCUUUUUCUUGCCGGUAAUUAAGAAGACGAGAUGAGCCGUGCUUUAUAGAGCUAGAUUCACAAUGAACCCCGAUGGCCCCGUUUCAUGGUUGCGAUGGAGGCACCCAGCCCUGCUGAAGGAGGCCCCAGUGAGAGGCUGCAGCCCUCCAGUCGUGGGCAAGGAUCAUGGGGUGAGCUGCAGGGCUCCUGGCAAGCACAGCCCAGUGAGGCACAAAGCAGCAGCAGCACAGCACGCGCUGGGUACCCACACCCCACCUGCUCACCUUUCUGUGGCGGUGCUGAUGGCUUCAGACAAGUUGUCUGCAGCAGGUAAGUGCAGUGAGGUAUUUAUUUCUCUGUUUGGGUGAGGAACGCGCCGUGCUGAUUGGCACUGUCCCAUCGUGGUGCCCUCAAGGGAGAGCAGGUUGUGUGGUACCGGCUGCCUGUGUGAUGCCAGCUGUUUUGUUAUCGACUCAUCUCCAAAACUGAGUAGUUAACUUCUGGAAUGAAGUGGCCAUGCACAUGAAUGCCAUCUGCAGUGCUACCGCCCUGGUGUGGGGCCUCUGUGAGGCUUUUGGGUCAGCUUGUGCCUCCUGUAACCAGCAGGUCUCCACCUCUGGCCGUCGCUCGGAGCACAGCUCCAGCAUAUGUUUUUCUUCACCUUCACAGAGUUCUUAUUCUGCCCGGAUUACAGGAACUCCCAUCCCUUUUCUCUCAUUAUUCUUUCAUUCUUGCAGCAGUUUCUCUUGAAUUGGUUAUCCUCAUUAGGGGUCGGUGGAGAGGGGAAAUCCUGCUGAAAUGUAAUUGCUCACUAAUGGCUUUUCCUUUGUGGCAUUGUGUUGGGAGCUUUCCCUGUGGGAGUGCUGGAUUUGCUGCAUGGCUGUGAAACCCACAGGAGAGGUUGGCCAUACAGGUUUCAGAGGUCUGCAAUUACUCCACUGAUUAAUCUUCACUCCAGCAGUUUGGUGAUGAAAGUACAAAAGUAAGCCAACCUUCAGCAGCGAAGCCAAUCCUGCACAAUGCCACUCUGUAAUCAUGUUUACUGCAUCUCCAAAGCAUCAAAAGGGGAAUACUUAAUGAGGGCAGAAGUGCUCGUGCUGCUGAUGUGCCAGCUGAAAUGUGAGGGAUUGGAAUGAAGAAACAAAAUUUUUUAUAGGGUGAGACCACUGGGCAGACUUCUGAGGGGAAUAGGGCAUACUGCUAAGAGAGGUGGUGUGGUCAGUGCAGGUGCUGUCACGUACUUGUUAUUUUAAAAUGCAAUGUGGUGAAGAGCAUAGAAGAUGGUUAACUGCCCACGGCUGCCUUCGUAGUUAAGGAAAUGGCACACAUCUCACAUUACCUUUGUGUUCCCCUCUGAUGAGCUGGGCUCAUAUCCCUGUCUGACAGCAUCCUCUGGGGAUACUGAGAGCAUAAGGGGCUGCUGAGAUUUGCAUGGCAAUGUCCUUUUCCUGCUUUUGCACUUUCAGAAAGGUUGGGAACACAAGAAGGUUGCAGACAAGGCUGGUGUUGUUGUGCCUCGCGUGGAGAUCUGACCCACCCUGCAAGGAAGUUCAUCCUCCUGCUCUCCCAGUGGCACAGCAGUACUUGCACUGCCAGGUGCUGACUGUAAAAGCAGUGGAAUGACACAGCAGCAGUGUGUGCAGCCCUCUGAGAGCCACGGGAAUGGUGACCUGCCCUUGGCAUCACGGGGCACCCGCUGUCCUUAUUUCUUGUCCCCGCUCAAGUCAUUGGAUGUCAUUCUCCCUCUAUGUGCAGGAAAGCUCUGGCAGGCUCAGUACAUAUGGAUGGCCUUAGAAAAAGGGUUGGGUUUUUUCCUGGUUGGUACGGCGCUGGCAGGUUGUUGUUUGCAUUCUGCAGCCUGGCUUUAUGGUUCUGUUCAUGAUUUUCCCUUGAGUGUUUCAGUAGUGUUUGUUUUUAUUCACCUGCUGGGUUUGGAGCCCAAGCCAUUUGUGCUCAGGGCCAGGCAGGCUGUGACCCAUGUGUCAGCUUUGGGCUGUUUGGGAUUUUGGGUAAAUAUUCAAAGCUAACGAGGGGCAGUUCUAAUUCCAAAAUCCAAACUUUCAGCUAAGAGCUCCGAGUCUUCAGAGCUCAGAGGCACAAAUUUCCAAAUGUAGUCCUCUUGGUCAUUAAAUAUUAAAGGCAGGCUGUGCCUGCUCCUGGGCUCAUUCAAAUAUUAAAGUUCUCUGAGCCAUUGGAGAAAGCAGCUGGGGUUGGGGCUCCAGAAGGAAGAGCAUCAGCCUGUGCUUAAGAUGAGGCCUCUGAACUACUAAUACAGUACAGCUGGAGAUGGUUAGCCUUCUCCUGAGUCACUCUGUUGUCUGUCUUUUCAAAGAGAACACUGCAAAUAAGCUGGGAGAACAAGGGCUGCUGUACGUACAUCACGUACGUUUUCCUUAAUAUGGUAAAACUAUAGCAGAACUAUUGGUUGUGUCUUGGCUUAGUAAACUUGCUGCUGGUUGCACGUAUCAGUGCCUCUGCUGUGUUUGAGCUCAGACUGGGCACAUGCAGGUCCGUGGGGCCAUAGAGAGCUGCCAUGUAACAGGCAGGGGUGGCAGUACAUCUGCUUGUAGCCUCUUCUUCCCAGAGCUACCAGAUUCUGCGUUUCCUCUUUUCUCAGACAGAAAAGUGCCCCAAGAUGGCAGGCUGUGGCAGACGAGCUAAUGGAAAUGUGUCAGUUCUCCUUGAGAUAAAGGCAGAUGCAAUUGCUGGAUGCAAUUAUUUUACCAGAGCCCAGCCGCCCUGCUGCCUCUCCAGGGGCCAGUUUUAUGGCUGGCACAUGCCAGCAAUGCUCCGGGAAUACAUUUAGGCCAUUCCAGCCACCUCCUGCAGCACAGGGCGCCUGCUCCCUGCAGCAGUGCUGGGCAUAUGGUCAGUGUGGACAGCGAUGCAAAGGACAGAGGGGUGAACAGGCUGGGCUAGGAAAGGAGAGCUGUUGGUGUUGCGUCUGUGCCAGGAGGGCUGAUCUGAGAAUGGCUUUCUUGUGAGCCAGCUGCUGAGCAGCAGGCAGGUAUGGGGAAUCCUGGCUCCAGGCUGGAGACAUAGCUGCAAAUGGUGAUGCCUCCAGCUGGGAGGAUUGCCACUGAACAUGCAGAAUCAGAAAAAUGUGGUUAAUGUUUUUUGGCUGUUUUAGGACAUUUCAUCUAUAAAGGACUUUGCUCUGUCAGGGUAGGCUGUGAUGACUCUGGCUUAAUGCCACAGCAGCAGAGAGCCUGGCAAUUUACUGUGCCUCAGCAGAAUGUUUCUUUGACAAGCGGCUAACCAGAGCCUCUGCUGAUGAAAGAUCCCCCCAGCAAUUACUUCCUUUCAUGCAGGAGGCUGUGCAGGUUUAGAAAGAAAACUAAGCAGCUGAACAAGAAAAUGCUGGGAUUCUUCCAAACAGGGAAAGCUUGCGAAUGAGCAAUGUAUUAAUGCACAUUAAAUGUGCCUGUACACAUCUGUACCUACAGUUAAAGAGGUGGUACUUGGAUAUAAUUGGUUCUUGGCUGCUGCAGCUGGCAACAGCUCCUGGCUUCUGCAGUAAUCCCUUAGGAACAGCAUAGCUCAUUAAAGCACAGGAGCUGGUGACCAGAGGCUUCUCCUUUUUGUACAGCUGUGUCUGCUCUCAUCAGGGGUAGGUGGGUCUGAAAGAAAGUGAUGAAAUGCACUAAUCAGGGAGGGAAGGGUUCAACUUCAAAGCUUGGUGCUUUACCAAAUCCCAAAUAUUCUGGUGUGAGGAGCUGGGAGCGGUUUCAUAUUCCUGCUUACUGGCUGGGCAGGAGGGGAUCAGCAGCACUGCAGUUACAGUAAGUCAUGAGCAUGGAUUAUGUUAGUCUCAAGGUCUCUUUUCUGUGCUGGAGAGUGUUGUCUUCUGCUUAAGACUGGUGUUUUGAAAGGCAGAUCUUAUAAUACAAAUUGAGACAGCGCCGACUCCGUGAACUCUGUGCAGGUCUGACACGGGAGCUGGAGCUGAUAGCUGAUGUGAGUGCUGGCAGAAGAAGAGAAGAUGAAGACAGCUCUCCUGGGUAUCCCACUCCCAUCACACAUGAAGGCAUAGAGGUAACAGAAGUGAUAUAAUCUGAAAUUUACUGUUAUAAUUAAAUGCAGAUUAUUUACAAGAGAACACUCAAAGGUUCCUUGAUCUUAUUUCUGAUAUUCCUGCACAAUAAGAAAGUUGGCACAUUCUCACAAAUGAUAUAGAAGCUUUAGCACAUGGUGAUGUACUGGAAUGACUUAAAUGAUCAGACUGGCAAUUAUUUGCUAUUACCUAUUCAGGAAUGAAGAUACAGCAGCAAUUUUAGAUACCACAGACUGAAGAGGCUACUGAGCACAGUCACUGGCUGUGCUGGUAAAGCCCCAGAAAUGCUACUUGUGGGUUCCACCAGAAAACAAAUGAGCUACUUUCUAAGUGGCCUUGUAACGAAAAGCUAAAGUGCUGAAGAUGUGCUGAGCACUCUGAAUUUUCUAAAUUUAUUUCUAGAAGGGCUUUCUGGUAUGAGGUCCUGGCUAUGCUGCUUUGGACAGUUGUAAUAUUUAGAGCAGCUUGUUCAACCUUUUGGCUCACCUGGGCUGCACUGUUGUUCACGGGGCUGUGCUUAGCCAUUGUACCAAAGUGCAUGAAAUUAUUUGCCAUGACUUCAGCUUGCCAUAAUUAAGUUUCAUUUUGAAUGUUGUCAUGGUUCGACAUAUAGCACUGAAAAGUUAAAUUUCACUCUGAGGACACGUUUAACUCAAUUAAAUGAGUAGUGAAAUCCAUCACAAAUGCUAAAUCCAUGAGCCAUUUUUCAUCUAUAAGUUCUGGCACACAUUUUCCUUUUGAUCCCAUAAAUGACUUGAUUUCACUUCACAACUUGUAGAAAAAUUCUUAGCAUUUCACUCUUAGUCACCUUCCUUCAGAAAAUUAAAUGAUGUCCCCAUAAUCAGCAUCCAUUCACUAAAGGAACACCUGGAAUUGGUGAUGAUUCAAUCCCUUACACUUGAUGAAAUUCACAGCUUUGAUGAAGAUUUGCACAACAUUAUCCAUUUUUAAAGCUUUCAUACAUACAUUUUCUUGAUGUAUGAUGCUAUGAGAUUUCAUGAAACAUGAGCUGCUGGCAGCAAUUGUAUCUUUUCUAUUAAUUUUCUAAGUCCCUCUUUUUAAUCAGCCAUUGCUGGGACCCCAUCAAUUGCUGUAACAGAUCUGCUGACAAAGGCUAAAGAAAAUUGCUUUAAUGUAAUUUUUACUGCUUCAUAAAAAUCAGGAGAUUUAGUUGUGUUUUUUCAAUGGCAUCAAAGAAGCCAUUUCUCCAGUGAUGUUUGCCUCCAAUACCUCUGAUAAAAAUGGCCAGUUGAACCAUA